AUGGCCCCACAAGCCUACACCGCAUCCCCCUGCACGGGGUCUGCUCUCUUCUCCAACUCCCGAGUACCGCCGCCGCCUCAGCCGCGUCUGCGUCUUCUUCUCCAGCGGGGCGCGGUGGCGCCGUCGGCCGCGGGGAGGCACGGAGGCCGCGUAGCCCCGUCGCAGGAGAGGCGCCGCCCCUCGGAGCCGUCGUCCCAGUCCCAGCUCCCGGAACGGAAGCGGCACUGGAAGGCGGGGGAGUUCCCGGGGACCGCUACUGCCGAUGGAGGUGGCGGCGGACGGCUCCCCGCGCAAGGGAAGCGGCAUUCGAAGGCCAGGGAGUUUCUCGGGACGGACAGCGGCGGCUGCCUCGCCCCCGCCCCGUCGCAGGGGAAGCGGCAUUGGAAGGCCGGCGAGUUCCCGGGGACCGCCGCUGGCACCGGUUCGGGGACGCCGAGGACUCCCCUCAAGAACGUCAAGAAGCGGCUGGAUGCCCGCGCGGACGGCAAGGCGUGGGCGUGCACCGUCACCGAGGCCCUCGCCGACCGCGUCAGCUCCAAGAACUGGCAAGAGGCGCUCCAGGUGUUUGAGAUGCUCAAUGAGCAGCCGUUCUACCAUCCCAAAGUGGGCACCUACAUGAAGCUCAUCGUGCUGCUUGGCCGAUCAGGGCAGCCUGCCCGAGCGCACCAACUCUUCGACGAGAUGUUGCAACAAGGAUGCCAGCCCACCCCUGAGCUUUACACAGCCUUAAUUGGGGCUUACUGCCACAGUGGCCUACUGGAUGAGGCGCUCCAGCUCCUCAAUGAUAUGAAGGGCUCACCAUUGUGCCAGCCUGAUGUCUACACAUACAGCACCAUCAUCAAGGCCUGUGUCGAUGCCACAAGGUUUGACCUCAUCGAUGUUAUGUACAAAGACAUGGCUGAGCGCUCUAUAGCGCCCAACACGGUCACGCAGAAUAUUGUCCUCAGUGGCUACGGAAAGGCUGGACGGCUGGAUGGCAUGGAGAGAGUGCUCUCCGACAUGCUCGACGGCACAGCCUGCAAACCGGAUGUCUGGACCAUGAACAUUAUCUUAAGCCUGUUUGGAAACGGGGGCCAGGUUGAAUUGAUGGAAAAGUGGUACGAGAAAUUCCGAAGCUAUGGGAUUGAACCAGAGAUUCGCACACUGAACAUCCUGAUUGGUGCCUAUGGGAAGAAGCGGAUGUAUGAUAAGAUGUCUGCAGUCAUGGAGUACAUGCGCAAGCUUGCAUUCCCAUGGACAACUGCGACGUACAACAAUGUGAUUGAGGCAUUUGCUGAGGCGGGUGAUGCCAAAAACAUGGAGCACACAUUUAACCAGAUGCGCUCUGAAGGUAUGAAGCCGGAUACGAAGACCUUCUGUUGUCUAAUAAAUGGGUUUAGCAAAGCAGGCCAAUUUCAUAAGGUGGUGGGCAUGGUUAAGCUUGCUGAGAGGCUUGAUGUGCCUGCAAAUACAUCUUUCCACAAUGCUAUUCUUGGUGCAUGUGCAAGAGCAGAUGAUCUUAUGGAGAUGGAGAGGGUCUUCAGGCACAUGAAGCAUACACAGUGUGAUCCUGAUGCUUUGACAUACUCUAUCUUGGUGGAAGCUUAUCGGAAGGAAGGAAUGACCGAUAAGAUUUAUGCUUUGCAUCAGGAGAACCCAACUUUGGUUCCAACUGAUUUUGUCAUGGUUUAA